ACCUUUGGUGGGCAGAAACUGAUCAAGUCUCUCUCUCUCUCUCCUGUUCUGGGUGGAGAUGGAAGAAAAUAAACACAGCACAUCUGAAAUCAACAGCCUUCGAGUCAUUAGUGUUAAAAAGACAAUCAAGAAAAGAAAAUUACUGGCCGAGCAAUUGGGCUUGCCUAUAUUGAAGCAUAAAUGCAGGGAUCAAGCCGUUAGUUCCGACGGACCCAACACCAUCUUUUAUGCAAGUAAGAGCAUCGAUCAACACACAACCAAGGGUAAAAUGAAGGUACUAGCGAUGGAUGGUGGGUCAGAACUGGAGUCGAUGAAAGAUAGCAAUAGUUACACUGAAGAUUCGAACUCUUCAACAUCUAUAUACGGUGAAGCCAAAAUGGAAGCUGAGUAUGCAACAACCCCUCACUACUCUUUGGUCAGUUGUGGAGCUGAUAUUUCUGAGAAUACCAGAUCUCAAGGGGACGGUUUAAAUAUGGCGAAAGCCAAUUGUAGCGAAGAGGUUGAGUCACAAGCGUUUCUGAAUCUCGAAGAGCAACUCCUAGAAUUUGGAAAUCAUGAGAAUUACAUUGCCUCAGAAUAUGGAGCUGACAACCUUGAGCAAUGGACAGAUAAGGAACUUGAAGAUAUUCUGUAUGCCAACGGAUUGAACCCAAAUGAGUAUGUAAUUUCAUCUGGAAGGCGGACCGUAAAUCAAGAGGAUCAAUCAGGAAGUAGGAAACCAACCAUCGAUCAAGAGUUUGAGCAGUAUUUUUCCAUGCUUAUGCUGUAAGGGUAAUUGCUCUGCUAUGAGCACAUCCAAACGUGUAUAUCUUUUCGACGAUUCCUGUCUGUAAAAUACCUGAACAAUGUAAAAAAUGCUCUAGUAGCUCUUUGCUAUGGUUAGUCCACAUGAUGUUCUGCAAGAGAGCGUGAGAAAUAUAUGUAUUUAUCAAAUAUCCUAUUCUGUCUUGCAGCUCAUUUAUAGGAAUGCUCAUCUCCUUAAAAGUAAUUUGUAAAGGUCCAAAACCUGAACCACACGACUUACGUUGCACCGUUUUCUUAUAGGAGUAAUGAUA